UUGUUUACAUCUUGUCAUUCUGAUCUUCCCACUGUGGGGAUUCAAUGGCCAGCUAUGAGAAAUCCAGUGUGGUCGGUAUCUCUUCCGCUUCCUUGCUAACUCUUUCCACUUUCCUGAGUUCCUGGUGAUAGAAGGCAGUGGAUAAGCUUAGGAUGGUCAGACUUAACAAAGUAAAAUUGGUGCUGCAGGAAAAAGAGAAGAGAGUAGCAGAGAAUGGUGACAUGAAGACUAGAAGUGCAUCGUUUAACAAAGAGAUGAAUGAAGGGAAACAUGAGCAAUAUGAGCACACACUUGAUGGAUCAGUGGACAUCAGAGGUAGGCCAGCAGCCAAAGGCAAGACUGGAGGGUGGGUGGGUGGAGUUCUUGUGCUAGUGAACCAAGGAUUAGCGACGUUGGCAUUCUUCGGGGUUGGCGUGAACUUGGUCUUGUUCCUGACGAGAGUCCUGCAGCAGAACAACGCUGAUGCAGCAAACAAUGUCAGCAAGUGGACAGGCACUGUGUACAUCUUCUCCCUCCUUGGCGCCUUCCUCAGUGACUCCUACUGGGGAAGAUACAAGACAUGCGCCAUCUUCCAAGUCAUCUUUGUAUUCGGCUUGGUGCUGCUCUCUCUAUCCACCUACCUGUUUCUGCUGAAGCCCUCGGGAUGUGGCGAGGAGCACUUCCUCUGUGGCCCUCACUCGAGCAUGGACACUGGGGUGUUCUACCUCUCGAUCUACCUCAUUGCCCUGGGAAAUGGAGGGUACCAGCCGAACAUAGCCACCUUUGGGGCAGACCAGUUCGAUGCGAAGGACCCUGAUGAGUCCCACUCCAAAGUCUCCUUCUUCAGCUACUUCUACCUGGCCCUCAACCUGGGGUCCCUCUUCUCCAACACCUUCUUGAACUACUUCGAGGACAAGGGCAUGUGGGCACUGGGGUUCUGGGUCUCGGCUGGCUCUGCCGUGGUCGCCCUGCUCCUCUUCCUCUGCGGGACUUCCAGGUACAGGCACUUCAAGCCCAUCGGCAACCCCCUCUCCAGGGUGUGUCAGGUCGUCGUCGCCGCAUCGAGGAAGUGGAGGAUGAAGAUGCCAACAAAUGGUGGCGAUGACUUGUACGAGGCGGAGGAGAAGCAGGUCUCAGCCGCUCAUGGGAGCAGAAGGAUACUUCACACUGAAGGUUUCAGGUUCUUGGAUCGAGCUGCGGUCAUCGAUCCGGAGAAUGACUUCACGAUCCAACAAGGCAAGUCCGGCUGCUCCCGCGACCCAUGGCGCCUCUGCCCCAUCACACAAGUGGAGGAGCUGAAAUGCGUGCUCCGGCUAAUCCCCAUAUGGCUGACGACCAUCCUCUACUCCGUCGUCUUCACGCAGAUGGCCUCCCUAUUCGUGGAGCAGGGCGCAGCCAUGGACGGCACGGUAGCCGGCUUCCGUAUUCCCCCCGCGAGCAUGUCGGCCUUCGACAUCGUCAGCGUGGCGGCCUUCAUCUUGUUCUACCGAAGGUUCCUCAACCCCCUGGUCUCCCGGCUGAGAAAGGACGCGAGGGGGCUGACCGAGCUGCAGAGGAUGGGGGCGGGGCUCAUCCUGGCGAUCAUGGCGAUGGCGUCGGCGGGAACCGUGGAAGUGCAGCGACUGAGGAGCGUCUGCAGAGGCUGCGACGACGACAGCUCGCUGAGCAUCCUGUGGCAGAUCCCUCAGUACGCGCUGAUAGGAGCCUCGGAGGUGUUCAUGUACGUGGGUCAGCUGGAGUUCUUCAACGGCCAAGCGCCGCACGGGCUGAAGAGCUUCGGCAGCGCGCUCUGCAUGACUUCCAUCUCGCUGGGGAACUACGUAAGCAGCCUACUGGUGACGGCAGUGAUGGAGAUCACGGGGAAGGGCGACCGAGCCGGGUGGAUUCCGGCCAACCUCAACAGAGGGCAUAUGGACAGGUUCUACUUUCUCCUGGCGAGCCUCACCGCCGCCGACUUCGCGGUGUUCGUGACCUGCGCAAUAUGGUACACGAGCACCAAGUUAGAAGACAGCGACGAGGAUGAGGAUGAGAACUGCAACGUCUAAUUACCUAUCAUUUGAUGAUGGCGAUCAAUUUAUUCUUUGAUUGAGAGCUUGAGCAGUGGGUUACAGUAAUUCAAUGGAAUAAGCUGUUCACAGUGAA